AUGAGUGAUGAUCAAGUUCUGAAAAGGUUCAUGAAGAAUGGACUUAUAAAUGCAGAGCUCAAGGAGUUUUUUGAGAAGGCGCUUGUGAACGAGGGCUUUAGCACCAUGGAGCUCCGAAUGCAGGAAACACCUAUAAAGAUCAUUCUGAAGGUUGCAAAGCCACACGAGGCAAUAGGGGAGAAGAAGAUUAGGCUGAAGCAGUUCCAGCAUUUGGUUGCACAAAGACUUGAGGUUCCUGAUGAGAAUGUCGAGAUAGUUGUUGAAAAGGUUCAUGAGAAAGGGCUUUGUGCUCUCAUCCAAGCAAAUUUUAUCAGAGAAAAGAUGCUAGGAGGUGUUCAAUACAGGAGGGCUGUGAAUAUGGCUUUAAAGGCCACGAGGCAUUCUGGAGCACAGGGGUGCCAAAUCAUAGUCAGUGGGAAGUUGAAGGGACAGCGUGCUAAGUCUGUGAAGUUCCAGGACGGAGUGCUAAUUCACAGUGGAAAUGCAGUUAAUGACUAUAUUAAUACAGGAUAUGCUACUGUUGAAACUAAGCAAGGCAUCAUUGGUAUUCAGGUUAGAAUAAUGUUACCGCACGAUCCUGAAGGAGUGAUUGGACCAAGCUAUGCCCUUCCUGAUAGGAUUACUAUUCUUGAGCCCAGCGAGACCCAGUAG